AUUUUUUGAUGACGUAGCUAUGCAUAUUCAUAAUUCCAGUUAACCGCGCUCUUGACUUCAGUGCAAACAAUUUGUCUUUAAUUUGUCUUCUGUAGCUUGCAUGUAAGAUGAGUUCGGCAGGAAAGGUAGGGGAGAUCUUCUCAGCUGCUGGUGCAGCCUUCAGUCAGCUUGGUGAACUGACAAUGCAACUCUAUCCUGCAAAUGAUCAAACACCUGUUAGUGGCAAGUGGACAGACGAGGAGGUGGACAUGCUGAAGAAUGCCAUCAAACAGUUUGGAGAUGAUCUGCACAAGAUUAGUGACGUUAUCAAGACAAGAACAGUAUCUCAGAUCAGGGCGGCUAUCAAGAGGAAAUCCCUCGAUGUAAACUGCAAGAAAGACAAAAGUGAUAGCGGGCACAGUGAGCCCUCUACAGGUCUAACCUUGACCAGUCAAUCUCCGGCACGUGCCUCGUCGGGUGAACGGCCUUCUAAGAGGACCAAGCAUGAUUCGUUGGAGCCUGGAACCGAUUCUCUGGUCGACAUUGAAGGCCUAGAAGACAGCUCGGUAUCUCCGUGCAAGAGGCUGGAAUAUGAUGGAAUACAGCCUGCUGCCGGAAUUGACAUCAAGGUAGAAUGCGAGGCUACCUCCUCUGGAACAGAAGCAGACAUUUUACAAAGAUGAGGAACCCAGCCGGCCCUCCAUUUCCAUGGCAAUGAAAUGAAUACACCACGCCCACAUUCAUCCAGAGAAGUUAUUAAUACAGCUGUACAGAGCAUGAAAUGAACAUUCUCCUCACGUGCAUCAUGCUGGAUAUUCAUCUUCUGUUAUUCCUGAAAUGGUACUGUGAAACCUGCUUUAGUGACCACCUGUUAAGAAGACCACCUUGCUUUAAUGACCGUAUUUCCCCUGAAUAUAGUCUGUCAUUGAAACAUAUACUAUAGGAACCUGUACACAAAGACCACCUUCCUAUAAAGAAUACUGUUCUGGUCUCCCUUGAGCGGUCUUUAUAUACAGGUUUCAUUGUAUUUGCUAUGUUGCUCUUUGCUAGAUUGCAGCUUGCUGAUCAUGAGAUAGCUGCAGAUCAUUUUAAGGCUCUUUUAAUACACAUGACAGAUAUAUCAUGGCGCUUUAAAAACAACAUGUCAGUGAAUUGUGAGUAAGGUGAAGAAUGGAAGCUGCACGCAACAAACGUCAUUAGCUGUUCUAAAGAGGGGCUUGAGGAGGCUCAAGGCCCCCCCCCCCCUCCUAAAGACAAACAAAUCUUUAAUAGAAGGCAUUCCUUUAUUCAUACUCCCUGAUCUGUGUGUUGUGAGACAAAGACAUGUAAAGCAUAUUGCGUUUUGUCUCACUUUAAAUGGCCUUUGUGGAAAACCCUGGCAGUUUACCUACCGUGCUGGAGCAGCAAAUGUGAACGAGGUUUAUUCAGUCAUAAUUAUUGUAAGGCGAGGUACAUCCGACUUGCCAACCGUUCCGUUUCUAAUGGAACUGUUACGUUUUUGAAGUUUUUAGAGCCAUGAAAAACGGAACGUUCCGAUUUGGGGGAAUUAUACAUGUAGUGUAAAUACCAAUUGGCUUUCCAUAGUUUCCAUCCGAUGAGUGCUGGAAGGAUUGCAUUGCGUAAGAUGCACGCAGCGUGUUUGUUGCGCGCCACGCUGAUCGCUAUUUGCCACGUGUAAUAAUGAGCCUGCGUGUGCGUAGAGUGCCCAUAGAGUGCCAUGCAUAAUCCCUCAGUCAUAGGCACCGCACAGCAAGCACGCGUCGCGUUAGCACUAUCGCUCACGAUCACCGCACGACUCCGGCCGUAUAUAUAUGCGAGAUACGAUUUCACGUGCAGUCGCAGCGCAAGGUACAUGAUUUGUGAUUUUCGUUCCGUUUUCUGAAUUUCAAAUGCUAGCAAGUAUGGGUACAUGUUGUAAAGUGAUACAACUUGGUCCCUGAUUGACCCUCCGGUGUCAGUAUCUGUGAAAUUUGAGUUGUCCAAAAUGUACCAGCAUGAUUUAUAUUGGCAUCACAUUACAGCUUAACCUCUAUGGCAAUAUCCAUUGUCAUUUUUUAAUGGAAAGAUCCCCAGAAGUACGUCUUUUAUAUGAUCCCCAAAGUUAUGACUUAGAAUAUUUAAUGCCAAAUACAGUUUGCAAUCAUUUAAAUAUGAUAUUUUUAGAUCAAUUUUGGUUCAAUUGAUAACUAGACAGUGCUAUUACUCUUCCAAUAUACAUUAAAUCUACAGAAUGAAUGAAACCCAAAA